AUGGGUUGCUGCAACCACAACUAUGGCUUCAUCUGGUUCAUAUGCUUGGUGUUUAUGGAACACACAGUUAUAGUUCAUUCAGGUAGUGACAACAAGCACCGUAUACAUGGACCACUGGUUAACGUCACCAAGCAUCUCUCUUUCCCAGAUUUCAGCUUCUCCAAUAACCCCCGAGUUUUAGAAGAUGUAAAGCUUCUUGGCAGUGCCAAGUUCUCCGCAUCAUCAGCCAUCCAAAUCCCUGAUGAUCAUGAUCCACCCCACGGCAACGGCAAUGAUAUUGAUCAUCUCAGACACCAAGCAGGCAGAGCCCUCUACUCUUCUCCCAUCCGUCUCCUUGACCCUCACACCCAGUCCCCUGCUUCUUUCCAAACAACCUUCUCUUUUCAAUUCCACAACGCUUCUUCUUCUUCUUCUUCUUCUUCUUCUUCCAAUUUCAGUGCUAAUUCUUCUGAUCAUGGUGGCAGUGGCCUCACCUUCAUCAUUGUCCCUGACGAGUUCACCAUUGGCAGGCCUGGCCCGUGGCUGGGCAUGCUCAACGACGCUUGUCAGGAUGAUUACAAGGCAAUAGCAGUCGAGUUCGACACGCGUCUUAAUCCUGAGUUCGGAGACCCCAAUGACAACCAUGUAGGAAUCAACCUCGGCACGAUCGUCUCCACCAAAACAAUCAACGCUUCCGAUGUUGGUGUCUUUCUCGACGAUGGUUCAGUCCACCGAGCUUGGAUUGGCUACGACGGCUCACGCCGUUGGAUGGAAAUUCAUUUAGGAUCAGACGGCGGCAGCAAAGACAGUCCUCCAUCAAAGCCGAUCUUCUCUGGCCCUCUUGAUCUCUCACCCUUUCUCAACGAGUACAUGUUCGUCGGAUUCUCAGCUUCCACUGGCAACCAUACCCAAAUUCACAGCGUCCUCUCUUGGAAUUUCAGCUCCACUAGCCGAGCUUUUCUUUGGAUGCCUUCAGUGGAAACAUGCGAGAGUAACAUCAUUGUACAUGGCAGAGCAGGUACCACGAGCGCUGAGCCUCCAGGCACAUUCUUAAUCUUUGUUGCUGUGCUGGUUUUGGUUCUGGCUGUUGUGCUUAGCCUAUACUACAACAGCGGGCGCAAAAGUACAGAAAUAUCAGACACUUCCAUUGUGCUGCCGGAGAAGAAGCAGAGACCAAGGCCCCCCAACAAGCCCCGAUGCUUCACAAUCUCCGAGCUUUCCUUGGCUACUCUAUCCUUCAGCGAGUAUGAAUUUCUGGGUAGCGGCUCGAGAGGUGUGUACUAUAGAGGAAAGCUUUUGAAUGGAUGUCAAGUGGCUGUGAAGCGGUUUUCUUUUCAGUUUUUGCACUCUCAAGGAUUUGAUAGGCGAAGAAAGAAACCAUGGUUGUGUAUGAGUUUUUCCCCAAUGGGAGCCUUGACAAAUGGCUAUUUGGGGUGGGUGUUCUUCCGUGGACUCGGCGGUUCAAGGUUGUGA